AUGCUCUCCAACACCUCGGACCUGAAGAUGUCCGCGCGCUUGGCAUACUCUACAGGCAGCACAGCGACGCAGCCGACCGGGCACGCGGGAUGGGGCGACGCAGACUUCAGCCUUGUCGGGAACAACGAGGCGGAGUUGCAGGAGGGAAUGACCUUCCAUUUCAUCCCGUGGUUUCAGAAGUACACAGAGCCCUCGGGGCCCUUGGGCCUCUCUGAUACCGUGAUCGUGACCUCCAACGGCGGCCAGCGCUUCGGUGCCUUACCCCUGAAGAUGACGGCCCCUGGGCUCUUACUGUGGGCUCUUGUUCAGGAACCUAAUUUAAGUUACCAAAAUUGGGAACUAUCUUACUGUGGCUUCUUGUGA